CUACAAAUGCCAUUUUCCUAGCUGAAUAGCGAGCAGAGAAGAGAGUGCGACUAGUAGAUUAUGAAUUGGGAUGCAUCUACCUUGCCAUUGGUUUUAACUCUUUCUUUCUCCUUGUUCCAUUGACCGCGCGCUCACUGAUUACUUCACUCGGCUAAUCAAACAACGCUCAACUCAAAAAUUCCAUUCCCAUGAAAAGGUCAAAGAUUUGCUCUGUGAGAGGCUCGCGUUCGUUAUCAGUCGCAGCUACAGCUAUUACUUUUUUCAUUCUCUUCUUCUCACCCGCCAUUUCCGUCUCCCCACCAUCUUCUACUACUGCUGAUGAGGUCUCUAGGCCGCUGACCAAGCUCAAACACCCAGUUGUUCUCUUGAUUUCAUGCGAUGGGUUCAGAUAUGGGUAUCAGUACAAAACCCACACUCCAAAUAUUGAUAGGUUAGUCAAGAACGGGACAGAAGCGGAGUUGGGUUUAAUUCCGGUGUUCCCAACUUUGACUUUCCCUAACCAUUAUUCAAUUGUAACUGGUUUAUACCCUGCUUAUCACGGCAUUAUAAACAAUCACUUUCUUGAUCCGAAAACUGGCGAGUCUUUCAGCAUGCAAAGCCAUGAACCAAAGUGGUGGCUUGGCGAGCCACUCUGGGAGACUGUGGUGAAUCACGGUAUGGAGGCUUCAACUUAUUUCUGGCCCGGUUCUGAGGUAAAGAAAGGUUCAUGGAAAUGUCCUGAGUUCUACUGUAAGCCGUAUAACGGUUCUGUGGACUUCCAAGAGAGAGUUGAUACUGUGUUGAGUUACUUUGAUCUUCCCGAUCAUGAAAUCCCUUCAUUCAUGACGUUGUACUUCGAAGACCCGGAUCAUCAGGGACACAUUGUGGGACCCGAUGACCCUCAGAUCACCGAUGCAGUCGGUAGAAUCGACAGUUUGAUCGGGAGGUUGAUUCACGGGCUGGAACAACGGGGAAUUUUUGAUGAUGUCAGCAUUAUAAUGGUGGGUGAUCACGGGAUGGUUGGCACCUGCGACAAAAAGAUAAUCUUUUUAGAUGAUUUAGCUCCUUGGGUUGAAAUUCCAGAGGGCUGGGUCCAAGAUUAUACUCCGUUACUUGCAAUUAGUCCACCGGCUAAUUAUUCAGCAAAGGACAUUGUUUCCAAGAUGAAUGAAGGCUUAAGUUCAGGGAGCGUUGAGAAUGGGCAGUAUUUGAAAGUCUAUCUAAAGGAUGAGCUUCCUAACAGGCUGCAUUAUUCUGGCAGUGAUAGGAUUCCUGCAGUUAUAGGUUUACUUGAUGAAGCAUAUAAGCUCGAGAAGACGAAGAAAAAUGCAGAAGAAAAAGAGUGUGGCGGGGCGCAUGGGUAUGACAAUGCGUUCUUCUCAAUGAGAACCAUCUUUAUUGCACACGGACCUCAGUUUGCCCGGGGACGGAAAGUUCCAUCUUUUGAGAAUGUUCAGAUAUACAAUUUGGUGACCAAAAUCCUCAAAAUAAGUGGUGGUGCAAGAAAUAACGGGACACCCUCCUUUCCCGAUGAAGUUCUUCUUCCAAGCCUGUCAUUCAGAGAUUAGUUGAUGUGUGGAGCAAUUUGAAGAGAGCAAUGAUUUGUGUUUACCGUUUUGAACAUGCGUACUAGUUCAAAAUGUCAAAGAUGAAGAAACUCAUUUGAGGGAGGGAGCUGAGGAGUUCACUUUUGUAAGCCAAUAGUUUCUCUCUACUUUCAAUUCUCCAAGUACUAGUACUGGUACUUGAUUAGCUCUGUCCAGGGACUGCAUACCUUUGAAUUGCUAGCCAAAUGAUGCCAUCAUGUUGUUGUAAUUGUAUUACUAUCAUCAUUGUCACUGUAAUAAAAUUAGCAACUCUUUGUUUGUGAUGCUGUCUGGAGUUUUGCACCUAUCUUAGCUAUCAUUUGUUUCUAUUAAAAAUCAAUACUUUUGUACUUCAAACAUCACUUUUCGAAAUGCCAUCUUUUCCUCAUUCUAAAAAGUGAUACCCGUUGGCUUUUAGUGCGAAUGUAUUAGUUUUCAGCUGAAUAUAUUACAGGUUGAUGGAGCAGAAUGGAUCCGUCUCAUACAAGAUACAAGGCUUUUGUUCUGUUGGGGACACAUUUCAUAAUCAAUAGUUUCACCAAGCAUUUCCAAUAAUUCAUUCACUAUAAUGCAGGACGGGGAAACACCGAUAAUUAGUCUGCCAAACUCCGUCAUAAGCAAAGUCCAGUCUCAUUAAUUUUUACCUCUUACCGAUUACAUCUACUUGAUUGUUAACGGUAGUAAAUCUAAAUCAAGUAACAUGCGACUAAACAUACAACAACAAAAAGAAAACACACAACUAACUAAAAUAAAACGGUUGCCAUUUUUCAUAAAUCUAGUUAAACCAAUACCCCGGUAAUGGCAUUAAAUUAAAAUUUGAUAGGCAACUUAAUUGUCCUCGCAUAUCCCCG